CCAACCUCCACUUGGUCUUCAGGUCAGCCAGGAAAAUACCGGUACCAGACACAGGAGAAGUGUGGCAGGAUUGGCUAUCAAAACUGGCCUUAAGCAAGUCGCUAGCUUUGUGACCGACCUACUCUUCAACAUAGCGGGGCUGGUUUUUGAUAUCGUUGGGACCGUGGAGGGAGAACAGCAACAUCAAGAAGUCAUGGACAAGCUGAAUCUGCUUGAGAGCAAAAUCAACGGCAUCCACCAGGAAAUACAGGACCUAGGCAUCAUGGAUGAAUUGCUUCACGAGAAAGAAAUAGCCGCUCAACUGUACGCUGCCUCCGAGCAAAGGAUAAAGAACUUGCACGAUACCCUGCAAAACCGACUCCAGAUAACUAUCAACGGAACACUAGAGCCCGUCAGCCUCGCUCAAGUGUGGGUGGAAACGGUGUUGAGACAGGACUCGGAAGGCAUGAACCAGGCCCUGAACAACAUGCAUGACAUGGUAAUGGGAACUAUGACGGUGUUUGACGGCAAGUCCGUCGUUGAAACAAUGGACGCUCUACUGAGGAAGCGAAAUCACCCCAAUGCCGCGGAGAAGCUGAAGAGAAUCUGUGAAUACAUCAUUGACCUCCAACUCUCCGGGUACGUUUCCUGGAUCCUCGCCCUCAAGCAAAAUGGGGAGAUGGACAGGGCUAAAGAAGUCAUGAAUAGGGCGGACAACAAGCUGAGCAAACAAAGCUGCUUCAUUGCACGCUUCUUCUACGGCUGGCCGGCGGGCACGUAUGGUAUCCCUAUGCCAUCCGGAGGGUGUCCUGGUGGGUCAUCUAAGGCAUUUGAGGAUGGACACUACGAGUUUAAGGGACAUGACAGUUUCCAUUGGUCAGACCAUCUGUAUCUAAAUGGAAGUCUCUCCAACAACGCAGUGAAGCAGGGAGUCUGCAUAAAGACAACUUCCAAUAACAACGAGGAAAACUGGCCAAAAGGAAGCUACUGUAUCUACAAACACGGGAACUGCCCAGCAGGAUCCAUGUGGGGUCGCCUUGGGUUUCCCGGUGGUUCCACGACUGGAGUUGUGCCGGAUGGCAGCGUGAGCGGUGACGGCAUAAAGGUGGAGUUCUGCUGCCGGAUUGACGGCUUUGCCUCCAACCCCAUCCGCCUACCUGCCAGAGAAUCAUUGAAACUGUUUCGACUUGGAGGAGAGUGCCAGCAGGUUGACGGAGCGGAUGUUCGUCAGGGAUGGAUUGUGUACAGAGGUAACGGACACAGGGCCGGCAUGACACCAGAUGAUGAUGGCGAUGACGACAGUCACAAGCUCUACUACUGCUCCUACCGCGUACCCGGUUCCAUCGUCAACAUCCCGGCUACUUCAGAAAUCGUCUCAGCUGCUAUGCCUGUACACGCAAACAAUGUGCUCAGCUUUGUUGCAUGCCUCACCAUCAGCGGUGUAGCUGUGCUAUUAGUUCUGUGA